AAAUUUUUUAACGAAAACAUUAUUUUAACGUCCUUUAUUUCCAAGCUUCCGAACCCUUUAUCUUACAUUACAAUAUAUCGCCAACGUCGCCGUAAAAAUAUUUGCGCAAGUUUCCGUAUAUUAUGCCUUAAAAAUAUAAUAAAAAUAACGGGGGCGAUUGCUUUUCCAAUUUUAUUAUUGGAAAUAGCAAUAGUUUUAUUAGCCUUGGAAUUUGUACCCAUCAACUCUUUUUCCGUACCUCCCAUAUUAUUACAGACUUACGAUAACGACUAUAUCACACUUCAAUUAACAGAAUUUUUCUUUAAUAGUGCUGGUUUUGGUAAAUUAGGACAUGGUUGGCCGACAAAGGAAAACGCAAAAUGUUGGAGCAACAGCCGUAUAGGUACUAAUUCCGCGACGAACGUCAUCGGCGAUAUGGUCCGUAGCUUCCCGAACCUACGUUUCGUUAUAACGGUCGGGAUUAGCGGUAAAAUUUUAACCAUAUAUAAUAAUAUCCGGUUUGGCGACGUUAUUGUAAGCGUUCCCGGAAAUAGGCAAAACGGUAUUCGAUAUUACGAUUUUAGGGUUUCCAAACAAAACGCCGAUUUUAAGGAAUACGGUUAUUUAAAUGGACCGCCAAUAAAAAUCCUUGGUAUAAUCGCCCGUUUUUAA